AUGGACGAGCUGAAAUCCGCUAACCAGUUUGACGAUUUGCCGCACAAAUGGGUGGACGUGGUGGUCGAUUACCUGCGGGGCUUCCGGAACGACACGACGGACUUCAACCGACCACAGCUGCGGCCGUCCGUCCGGCACACUUACCCGGCGUUCGUGUGCGGUUACAGCGCGCUYAUCAUGGCCGGUGCCCUGUGCAACGCGUACGUGUUGGCCAUUGUGGCCAGGAAGCGGCUGUACGCGGCCGACCCAGUUUACGUUUACGUGGCCAACUUAGCCGUCACGGGCAUCGUCGAGUGCGUUUCCGUGCUGCCCAUAUCGCUGAUGGUUUUGCUCGUCCAAAACUGGAUAUUCGGACGGUUCCUGUGUUUUUUUCUGCCAAUGCUYCAG